UCGCAUCAACAUCUCGACUCCUUCAAUAUUCUGCACCUGCGUCUUGGUUUGUCGCUUGUAUAGUUCUGUUCCAGCUUGAGCGCUAUAAUUUAGAUAGAACCAGAUCGAGCGCGCCGCCGAACAUCGCCAUGGUCCUCCACAACCCGAACAACUGGCAUUGGGUCAACAAGGAUGUAUCAGGAUGGACGCGCGAGUACCUUGACAAGGAGCUUACGCAAAUAUCGGCGGAGCAAGAUGGCGUCACAGCAAAGAUCGAUAAGGUCGUUAGCAUGGAUGGAGACGUAGACGUCAGUCAGCGCAAAGGCAAAGUUAUCACCAUCUUUGACGUGAAACUGAAGCUCGAAUACUCAGGCAAGAACAAAGAGGGCGAGGAGGCCAGCGGCACCAUUACCGUCCCGGAAGUCGCUCACGACACGGAGGAAGACGAGUAUGUCUUUGAGGUAGACGUCUACUCUGAUGAAGCCAGCAAACAACCUGUAAAGGACCUAGUACGAUCCAAGAUCCUACCGCAACUGCGUACAAGCUUCACAGGGCUUGCACCAGCGGUCAUGGCGGAACACGGAAAGGAUAUCCAGCAUGCGCCAGGCGCGAACCCUGGUAGCGGCUUCUCGGCCCCAAAGGUAUAUUCGAGCUCAAGUGUGAACAAGUCCACUUCGCAGACGGAGGCAUCCGGCUCUCAAAAGAGCAGCUCUGGUGCAGUCGUCAAUGUGACCACCAUCACCGACAGCACAGAGUUCCGCACAGAUGCGGCCAACCUCUACCAGACCUUCACGGACCCCCAGCGCAUCGCUGCGUUCACUCGGGCACCCCCGAAGAAUUUCACAGGCGCAAAGCCUGGCGGUACCUUUGAGCUCUUCGGCGGAAACGUCAGUGGAGAGUUCACCGAGCUCCAAGAACCCACACACAUCGUCCAGAAAUGGCGACUUGCACAAUGGCCUGCGGGACACUACUCGACACUGUCGAUAUGGUUUGAUCAAAACGAUGUUGAUGCCGUGACGGUUAUGAGGGUCGAGUGGAAGGGCGUACCAGUUGGUCAGGAGGAGCCCACUAAGACCAACUGGGACCAGUACUACGUCCGAAGUAUCAAGACGACCUUCGGUUUCGGUACAGUAUUGUAGAUGAGCGUCUACUUCAAUUGCAUCCCAGCAUGACAUGGAGUAAGAGGCGUUGGAGGACUUGACGAUUGCAUACGAAGUGACGGAUACGAAUACACAACGAUUGUAAUGGCAUGAGCCCAAUGAGAUAUGUUCUGAACAAAGAUUUCGACUUGCGUGGCGUGAUGUCUCCUUUAUCGUGGAAGUUUAAGCCGUCUUGUACGAUGAUUACACCGAAAUGACUUAUGACG